AUGGCUGUCGUAGGGAUAAACGGAUUUGGAAGGAUAGGAAGAAUGUGCUUUCGAGCCUGUCUUGAGAAAAAUGUCGAAGUGAGCCUAAUUAAUGAUCCAUAUAUUACGACCGACUAUAUGAUAUAUCUUUUUAAAUACGACUCUACUCAUGGAUUGUUUCCUAAAACUAUAUUAUGCGAAAAUGGAUGUAUAAUUAUAGAUGAUAAAAAAAUUGUCACGUCACAGGAGAAAAAUCCGUCGAAAAUUCGAUGGAAGGAAAACAAUGUAACAUACGUAAUAGAAGCUACAGGAGUAUUUACAACUUUGGAGAAGGCAAGCUUGCAUAACGAUGGGGGCGCAAAAAAGGUGAUAAUUACAGCACCUUCGAUCGAUGCACCCAUGUACGUAUACGGAGUUAAUCAUAAAUGUUACGAUCCAAAAAAGGGCAACGUAGUAUCGGCAGCUUCUUGCACGACGAAUUGUGCAGCUCCUAUCAUUAAAAUUAUGAACGAUAAUUUCGAGGUACUCGAAGCAAUGAUAUCCAGUGUGCACGCUGUAACAGCUACCCAGAAAACGGUAGACGGGCCGAUAAAUAAGUUAUGGAGAGAUGGAAGAGGAGCUUUGCAAAAUAUCAUACCAACAUCUACGGGAGCGGCCAAGUCAUUGGCAAAAAUUAUUCCCUCUCUCAAAGAUAAAGUAUCGGCGAUAGCUUUUAGAGUACCAACAUCUAAUGUCUCGUUAUGCGAUAUGACAUUUAGAAUCAAUAAGCCAACAACGUAUGACGAAAUAAAAGCAAUGAUGAGAAAGGAGUCCGAAGGAGAAUUGAAAGACGUGCUAGGCUACACGGAGGACGAUUGUGUUUCCUCCGAUUUUAAUCACACCAUUUACUCCUGUGUCUUCGACGCAAAGGCCGGCAUUCCUCAAACGAGUACAUUUAUCAAAAUUAUCGCAUGGUACGACAACGAAUACGGUUACGCACAUCGUAUCGUUGAUUUAAUCGUAUAUAUGUACGACGUUGAUUCUGGCAAGAUUUCACCCAUAGAAAGUGUCAUUGAAGAUAAAGAAUAAUCGUGUAAAAGCAUAAUACAAAAAAGGCAUAUAUUGUUUUACGUCUUUUGUAUCGUUAUAUUUUAUUGUAUAUAAUUGUUACAACGUAUUUAAAUGAUACAUAUUUCAAUGAUAAAAAAAAAAAAAAAAAAAAAAGAAUUAAAAAGAAUUUUCAAGAAAAUUUCUCUCGAUCACAUGUUUGAACUUCGCGCUUAUAUCGAAGGUCGAUAGUUGAGAUGUCACGUGACAUCCGAGAAUGGCCGAAAAUGAACGAAGCUGGACGAACCGGUAGAAGAACUUACGGCGCACACGCCAGGAAUGUACAUCGGUUAUAUUACCGUUUUCUGCCCUUCAAAUGACACUGCUUCUGUGGUAACCGUAGUGUACGGGUCUUUUCAUUGAAG